AGUGGGCACGAGUGAAAAGGGUUUGGGAAACGAGAUAUCUGGUACACGCGAAGUGGUGGUGAAGUAAUGGACACGGAAGGAUGUGGGGAUUGGUCAUUGGUGGAGUAGAGGGAAAGUGUGUCAACAACACUGGCAAUGGAAUUGCUGAGCUCAACGCGGAAAAGGGGUCACUUUCUAGAAAAAUGUGACAAAUAACGCGGAAACAGUUGGCUGGUCGUUUCCUUGUUUCCACUGGUCUUAAUUCUUUAAAGUAGCUAAAUAGCUUAACUAAGUUAGAUAAUCGUUCUUUUAGUUUAGCUAAAAUUCAUUGCUGAGAAUCUCGAGUUGUUUUCUCAGGUUUUCUCGAGUCACUUGUUAGCACAUUUGGACAAAUGCGAGAAGAAGUGAGUGUCAUUGACAAAAUCUGUUUCCAUAGACAUUGUUGUUCAAGGAAAUAAUGGAGUUGACAACCUUUAAAGGAUGAAGCAUGGAUUGUCAGCAUAUUUGAGUUCAAGUUCCUGUUGGUUCCAAGAACUGCAGAUAAGGUUUUAUUGUUUUCCCGCUACAAAGUUUUUGGCAACAGGAGGAUGUAUUCUUCUAUCCUUCUACCCUUGAACUUUGAGUAGAUAAAUUAAAUUUGCUUUGUCAAGGAACUUGAUUCUCGUAGUAAUAAGUUAACCAACACCUGAAAGAAAACAUCUCUCCCAUUUCUAAUCAUUCACAAAAGAUUGGUGGUCGGUCAGGUUUUGCACCUGUUUCCAUUGUUUCCUACGAGUUAAGCCACCCAAUUACCUACUCCUUCCGUUCAUUUUCAAUAAAUCUAGGUUUCUUUU